AUGGCCAAUCGGGAUGUCGUACGUGCCUACAGGCAUCUCUACCGUUCUGCUCUCAAGGCAGUAUGCUAUUCCCAGCCCGCCAGCACCGUGGUCCGCGGACAGCUCCGCCAGGCGUUCCGCGCCCCCGACGCCAAGUUCGAUGAGAGAGCCAUUCAGCGGACGGUCUGGUUUCUGAAAAACGCUGCUAGGAAUAAUGGCAUAGAGCACAGGAUUGUCAGGAACAUGCUGUUUGUCAAAUGGGCCGCUCAAGCUUUCUUUACCAAGAAAGUAGAUUGGAUCGCUGACUUCAUGUGUAGGACCCUUAUAUCGGAGACAGCCUACGUUCACUACAACAAGACGAUUGGAAUGCUGAACAAGACGAUGGGCAUAUGUCUCCCUCUACCCUGA